UUAUUUAUUAUUUCAGUGACACGUAGGAUAUUGCGUGAAUAAAAUGAUGAUGCAGUGUCAUUUCGUCUCAACAUCAGAAUUACCGAUUCCACCGCAAUAACACAAUUCGAGUAAUUAAUUAAUUAUUUGUGAAAAUAACUGGUAAUUGGGCAUUGAUAUUGUUUGAGGAGUGGUGGGGGAUGCUGACACGUAUUAAAAUGGAGGGGAAUUUAAAAAAAUAAAGAGCAUCAGUGGAAUAUGUGCUUGAGAAGACAGAUGGGCUGAUAGCUGUUGUUUCCCCAAGUCGGUUGGCACUAGAGUCAGUAGUGCGCGGAAUCCCGAACAGGGAGGACCGUUCUUCGUUAUCACUGAAAAUUCAGCACGAGUCAACCCUCCGAUAGUGUAUUAUCACCAGAGGAAAAUAACAAUGUAGCCCCCCGCGUACCCUGCGAGCCCCCCCCGCACCAACGCAAGUGUAACAACCCCCAGAAAAAUUCCCCCCGUCAGCGACAAUGUCCUUCAAGUGCACCCUAAGUGAAUCACCCAAAAAUCAAAAAACAAUAAAAAACAGUCGCUCACACCCCGAAAUAAUGAACGAUGAAUAUAAUCGUGAUGUCUGGACACCCCAAGAAUACCAAAAGGUACAUGAAUUAUCCAAGGACUCUGUGCGGGGAUGUACGUUAUUUACCCGGCGGAGGAGCUUCUUAAAAUCUACGAGAAUCCAAUUCGUUCGCUGAAUAAUACCCAAAUAAAUUCAAUAAAUCACGAGGCGACUAUUUCCAAAGACCUAAACAUUGUGUGUCAAAAAAAUAUCAACAAAGUACGGGCAAGAAGUGUAAAGAGUUGGCGUUAUUUGGUGUUUGAAUCCAGAGCAAACGAAAACCCGAGGAGCAAUCCAAUUAUGCAAAACAAUCGGAGUAACGGUGAGGAGGGUACCAACCCUCUCAAGGAAUUGACACAUGCCACCCUCAAUGAAUCUCUCAAGCAGCACAAUGGCAACGCUCUCAAACUCGUACAGACCGUGUCCGAGUUUGCUCAGGAGUUGGGCACUGCCAUGGACAUUCAUGGUGCCAACAUGCGUCGGUUGGUCGAUGAAUUUCGAAGCCGUUCAGGCGAUAUGAGAGGUGACAUCGGUGGAAUGAAAAGAAUCUGGGAGAAUUUAUUGCGACAAGUUGAGACAGACGCCUCCUCCCACCUCGAUCUAGCCACGACACUCAAACAACUGUCCCGACCGACCCUCGAGGCCAGUUUCCCCAAGAAACUACAAUCGCGAAAGGUAUUUGCUCAUCGUGAGGCAUACGAUCAAGUGGUAUCUAAAACGGAGGAAAAAUUGAAAAAAGCCCGCCUCAACUACAAAAGGGCAUACGAUGGCUUUUUAAAAUGCAGCAUCGACAGCCCGAGUGUAUCAGGUGCUGGAAGUGGUGAUGACGAGUGGAGCACUCAACGUCGAGGUUACCUAGAGUCCCACAACGCCUACGUCCUCCAACUACACGCGACAAAUGCCCUAAACGAGUACUACCAGAUUCACUGUCUCCCGAGUCUUCUCGGUGAGAUAUCAGACAUCUACGAGGAGUUGAGCAACAUCGCGUGCAAUUGUAUCACUGGAAUAUCAGAGGCGAGUAAUGAGAGAGCAGCUGAGCAAUCACGACGUUAUCAAGCCCUGACGAAGGAGGCACACGCCAUUAGCCCCCAGAGUGAUCUUCAAUCGUUGGCGAGAAAUUUAUCAUCGAUAGCUGUCAGUAAAAAGCCCCCACGUCGGCUGUUCGUGGCGCCAGCACCAGCUGACCAACUUCCCACAGACAGAAUAAACUCGGUGCCAAUUCUGAAAGAUGAAAUUGUUCCAACUGGAGCACCACCAGCCCAGGAUACAUUCGAGGAGCUCCGACGAGAGGCUGACGAUCUCACAUUGAAAAUCGGUAGACUCAGGGACUCCCUCGAUGCAUCAACUCGAAUUCAGCGCAAGAGCGCCGAGGGAAGCCUCUUCACUAAAGUCGCUGAGUUACAGGAAGAUAUAUCCAUGAAACGCUUCGACCUUGGUGUUGCCAAUUUGCAUCUAGCUGCUGUGCAAGCUCAGAAGGAACUUUUUGGUGCGAGUGACAUGGGACCACUGGAUGGCAUCAACAAUCGAAAAAUGUCAAAUGGAUCCACUGGUAGCAACACUAAGCACAAGUGGCUCAAGGCUUUCAAGAGCCUCAAGACUAGUUCACCAACUGGCACAUCUGCUGGGGACAAAGGGAAGCAAACCAUGUACCAUGCUGUCUCCACGGUGGUUGCCAUGUCGAGAAAAAAUUUGGAAUCAGAAGGUGGACACCAGUGGCGCGAAUACACAUACCGUAAAAUAACACCCUGCGAUGGCUGCGGUCAAGUACUGCGUGGCCACAGUCGACAGGGAUUGCGAUGUCGGGGUUGUAAGGUCAAUGCACAUGCUGACUGCAUAAGUCUCGUGCAACCGAGCAAUUGUCCAAGUCUAGCACCAAAACGUGCCGGUGGUAUUCCUUUACUGCGUCGUCAAAAGAUGACAGCGCACGCCGAUGAAACAUUGACAGAGCACAGCGUGGAUGCCACGUAUCAGGUGCUGAAACAGGCAGGUGAAAUCCGUGGUAACGCCACAAAUUCACCACCAACACCUCCAACAGUAGAUCAUGCAUCGAGUGGAGGUCCAUUAUCAACGAGGAGUGCAGCAACAUCCCAUCCUUGCUCCUCGUCCACUUCUGAUAUCAUGAAACACGAAGCGCCACACAGUCCGCAACGUAGAAGAGAGCGGCUGAACCUGAGGAUGAAGAGCCUGAGUUUGGAUUCACCGGAGGGCUCAGCACAUGUCCGUCAUCGUCCCCGGGAUUACACACCUAAUCAUAAAGAGGGAACACCACCAAGACACUCGGACAGUAGUAGUAUCAAUCGACUGUCUCCAUGCAGCUCGACACAAAUGGCUCACAGACAUGCACGUGGUGCUAUUCGCAUGUCCAGCAUGGAACUACCCGAUGAUAACGACAAGUCGUACUCCUCAGCAAGCACAUCGCCGUGCCCAUCGCCUCACAUGAACAAUCAGAAUCACCUGGCAUUGCCUAAUAAACGGGUGCUACCACCCAAUAAUCUUUACGUCGUUCUCUACAACUUCGAGGCUCGUCAUCGAGAUGAACUGGAUCUCAAGGCCGGGUAUAAGGUGACGGUGAUCGAUAAAUCGGAGAAGGAUUGGUGGAAAGGUAAAUGUCUCGGUGGUAGAGCUGGAUAUUUUCCCAGUGCCUACGUCAUGCGGAUUGAGUCUGGACAGAAAACCCUCCAGGUCACGAGGAACCUACAAUUGGCUGAUUCAGUCACCCUCUUGCGUGAUCAGAUCGUGAUUCAAGUUGGAGAAGAGAUAGACGGUAUAGCGAUGGUGCGUUGUGCAGCCGAUACUCGAUCGUCAGGACACGUUACAGAAGAAGGUGAUGUUCGUUCAAGAGAUACCCUCUGUCCCGUUAAGUACCUGCAGGAGGUGUGACAGAAGCCUCCGAAAGUACCAAGCAAAGGUUCAUACUCAAAGAGUCGAUGGAACAAUGAUCUACACAGACCCAAGUCCUCAGAUAAAUAUUACGACUGCCUCCAG